ACCUUGUAGUGAUCUGCAUAUGCUGAGAAAACAAUUAAACAAGUGAGAAGUAAACCCUCCUCAGAUUCAGAUUUAUCAAUUGCCCUUUCAAUCAAUUCUACAGGGUUUUCUUUCUUGCUUCUUCUUCUUCUUCCUUCCCAACAACAAAGAAAGUAACAAAACCCAAUGAUGCUGAUCAACCUGGGCAUGCUAAUCACAUAAACUCUUCACCCAGAAAAAAAACAAUGGGGUGGAGAAAUGCGUUCGAUAACUCGAAGCCACUGUUCGUGGCUGUAUACGCCACCGUCAUAGUUGGGAUUAUCUUCUCGUCUUUAUAUGUCAUUUCCGCCAUUUACUCCGGCAAGGCUGCCACAUUCUCCGCCACCUCCUUUCAGAACAAUGUUGGUUCUUCCCCUUCAGAGCAAGCACUCAAUGUCUCACAAUCGGCAGUUGUUCAAGGGGUGCCCUCACCUAAUCUAGAGAGUCGAAAUGUGUCGACCAAGCCUAUUUGGGAAGCUCCCAACACAAAGAAAAUGCCAGAGUUGGAGACGUUUAGAUUGACCAAAGAACUGGUUCAGCAAAGAGUGAAGGAUAAUGUAGUUAUUGUGACCUUUGGUAACUAUGCAUUUAUGGAUUUUAUCCUGACAUGGGUGAAACACUUGACUGAUCUGGGGAUUUCUAACCUUCUCGUCGGUGCAAUGGACACCAAACUGUUGGAGGCUUUGUAUUGGAAAGGUGUUCCAGUAUUUGAUAUGGGCAGCCAUAUGAGCACAAUAGAUGUUGGAUGGGGAUCGCCGACAUUCCACAAGAUGGGAAGAGAAAAAGUUAUACUGAUAGACUCAAUCCUUCUGUAUGGUUUUGAGCUCUUGAUGUGUGAUACAGACAUGGUUUGGUUGAAGAACCCUCUUCCAUUUCUUGCCCGCUAUCCUGAAGCAGAUGUCCUAACGUCCAGUGAUCAAGUUGUACCAACAGUAGCUGAUGACAGGCUGGACAUCUGGCAACAAGUUGGUGCUGCCUAUAAUAUUGGAAUUUUCCACUGGCGGCCAACAGACCCUGCUAAAAAAUUGGCUAAAGAAUGGAAAGAAAUGCUUCUAGCUGAUGACAAGAUAUGGGACCAGAAUGGGUUUAAUGAUCUUGUACGGAAGCAGUUAGGACCAGCUGUAGAUGGGGAAAGUGAACUCGUAUAUGCUUAUGAUGGAAGUCUCAAGCUAGGAAUUUUGCCUGCGAGUAUAUUUUGUAGUGGGCAUACAUAUUUUGUCCAGGCCAUGUACCAGCAAUUGAGGUUGGAGCCAUAUGCAGUGCAUACAACCUUCCAGUAUGCGGGUACUGAUGGAAAGCGCCACCGACUACGUGAAGGAAUGGUUUUCUUUGACCCGCCUGAAUACUAUGAUGCACCAGGGGGGUUUUUGACUUUUAAGCCAUCUAUUCCUAAGAACUUGUUACUCGAGGGGCCGCAUACUGUUGAAUCACAUUUUACUCUUGUUAAUUACCAAAUAAAACAAAUUAGGAUGGCCCUUGCUAUUGCUUCCGUGUUAAAUCGAACUCUGGUCAUGCCUCCACUAUGGUGCAGGUUGGACAGGCUGUGGUUUCCCCACCCUGGAGUUCUUGAGGGAUCUUUGACUAGACAGCCUUUUCUUUGCCCUCUUGACCAUGUAUUUGAGGUAAAUAUCAUGCUCAAGGAGCUGCCAGUUGAAGAAUUCGGGCCCCAGAUCAAUAUUAGAGAGUACUCAUUCUUUGACAAUCCAUUGAUGCCAAAACAGGUGAAAGAUUCAUGGCUUGAAGUCCAGCUUUGUCAGGAAGGAAUCCGAGACUGUCUGGCAUCAAAUAAUACAAGCCCAUCAGGAGUUCUCAGAUUUCCAAAGAGAAGCAGUGAAGAGACGUUUAAGACAGUAUUUUCCUCAUUCAAAGAUGUCAAAGUUAUCAAGUUUUCAUCUAUGCAAGAUGCCUUCCUUGGUUUUGCUGACAAGAUAAGGGAAGAGAGAUUCAGGAAUCGUGUGAAGCGAUAUGUUGGUAUAUGGUGUUGUGUAGCUGAACAAACUCCUGGCCACAUAUAUUAUGACAUGUACUGGGAUGAGAAACCAGGUUGGAAACCUCUCCCACCUCAAACCCCGCAAGAUGACCACCCGCCACCAUGAUAACCUCGCUACAGUAUAUAUUAUCAAAGAAAAUAGAAGCACAUCAUAUGGUGGGGAAAUACAGAGAAGCAUUUUACAACCGGAUUAGUUCCUGAUUAACUUAUUGUCAUUGAAAUGAACAAAGAGGACUGCAUCCAUGAUAUGCACAUGGAAGAGGCUGUUAUCCAUAUCAAGAAUGUAAUUUUGAUGGUGAGAGACGAUUAUGUGUUGUAUCAGUAAUCUCUUUUUAUGUGUUGUAUCAAUAUGUCCACAUCUCACAGAAUAGAACCAUAAUCUUUUGACGCAUUUCAUAUGCUAGGAGAACCCAAAAGACAAACACAUGUAUGCUACUUGGCUUCUACGUAGCAAAAAGAUGUCAUUUUCUCUUUCUU